AUGGAUGACGGCGUUGAUUACAUGCAUCCAGACAUCAAGAACAACUUUAACGCCGAAGCCAGUUAUGACUUCUCGUCCAAUGAUCCGUUCCCAUAUCCAAGAUACACCGACGACUGGUUCAAUUCGCAUGGCACCAGGUGUGCCGGCGAGAUUGCAGCUGCUCGUGAUAACGGAGCCAACUCGAUGGGCCAUGAGCCGAACAAGAUCCACAUCUAUUCGGCAAGUUGGGGACCCACGGACGACGGGAAAACUGUUGACGGACCACGAAACGCCACAAUGAGAGCAAUCGUGAAAGGAGUCAAUGAGGGUCGUGAUGGACUUGGCUCAAUAUUCGUAUGGGCAUCUGGAGACGGUGGAGAGGACGACGACUGCAACUGUGACGGUUAUGCCGCGUCCAUGUGGACCAUUUCCAUUAACAGCGCUAUCAACAACGGAGAAAAUGCUCACUACGAUGAGUCUUGCUCGUCGACACUCGCAUCAACAUUCUCGAACGGUGGACGAAACCCCGAAACUGGCGUGGCUACUACGGACCUCUAUGGCCGAUGCACACGAUCGCAUUCGGGCACAUCUGCCGCUGCUCCAGAGGCCGCUGGUGUCUUUGCGCUGGCACUCGAAGCGAAUCCGAAAUUGACCUGGCGCGACCUCCAACACCUGACAGUGCUCACAUCCACACGUAAUUCGUUGUUCGACGGGCGUUGCCGAGAUUUACCCGAUUUGGGACUAACGACAAACGACAAUCACAAGAAGAACGCUGACGACAAUUGCACGCACUUCGAAUGGCAAAUGAAUGGAGUUGGAUUGGAAUACAACCACCUGUUCGGUUUCGGAGUUCUCGAUGCAGCUGAAAUGGUGAUGCUUGCAAUGGUAUGGAAAACGGCUCCACCACGUUACCACUGCACUGCGGGCACCAUUGACACACCACAUGAAAUUCCGGAAGACGGUAAUCUGAUUCUGGAGCUGGAUACGGACGCCUGUCUGGGCACAGCCACUGAAGUCAGAUACCUGGAACACGUGCAAGCUGUGGUCUCGUUCAAUUCGACGCGACGAGGUGAUACAACCCUAUACCUCGUUUCUCCCAUGGGAACAAGAACGAUGAUUCUCUCUCGACGCCCGAAAGACGAUGAUGCAAAGGAUGGUUUCACUAAUUGGCCUUUCAUGACCACACACACAUGGGGCGAAAAUCCAAUAGGAAAAUGGAGGCUUAUCGCCAGAUUCCAGGGUCCUGGAAAACACCGUGGUACGCUGAAGAAAUUCUCGCUGAUGUUGCACGGCACCAAGGAGCCACCAUACGCCGGUAUCGAGCCGUUACUUGGCCACGUGAACUCGAAACUACAGUGGUACAGACCGCCCACAAGAGAAUCUCACCAUGAGCUUGACACCAGCACAUCGUCGUCACCGUCUGGAUUGAUAUUGAUUCUUAAGCUAUCAUUGAAGCACUCUAUUCCAGGAAGCACUCUAUUACAUAUAGUUCAACAAGUUCUCCUUCACAGGACAGAUUUCUAUGGCACAUUCCCAGUUUUCUUUCCGGGUUCAUUAUCCUCCCUCUAG